AUGAGAACUUAUACUGUUAUUCUGGAUUAUAAAUCAAGAAUUUUGAAUAAGCCUGCUGAUCCCGAGGAGAGGUUGACCAGAGGUGAACCUUUCCUAAUCCUGCUGGACAGCAUGGGAGGAUACAAGGAGAAAGCUGUAUCUAUUAUAAGACAGUAUCUAUCCUGCGAGUGGAAGGCAAAACGUGGUGGGACGGAAACCUUCUCUGCUCGUGAGAUGAAACUGAUGAAGCCCAAUAAACCGGAACAGGAUAAUUUUACUGACUGCGGGGUCUUCCUUCUACACUACGUGGAGAAGAUUUUUUGUUCUGUUGCCCAGUUUUACUGGUCUAAGCUUCCGGACCUGACGAACUGGUUUCCCAUGGAGGAAAUUCUUAAGAAAAGAUUUGAACUUGCAACCCAUAUUCAGAAUCUUGCAAGAUCUCAGAAGGGGGUGACGCAGUUUCCGAUUAUAAAACUGAACAACGGAGACCCCUCCCGCCGGAGCAAACGUCGGAAGGGUUUUAGGGCGGAGCUAAACUACGGGACGGAUUUGGAAGAGGCUUUGGAUUUUCCAGGCAUUUCUGUUCGUUGUACAAGAACUAAAGACCGUGAAAGACCGGAGGAGAGGAUGAGCAAACUCCAAACCAUGAGACCAGCUGAGGUUUCCUCCGUACUCUUGGGGAGUGAUGAGCCGAGGCUGGGAGAAUACAAGAUCCCCAGGAGGAGAAGAUCAGGAACAAGUCAAUCUUCUCCAGAGAAAAGUGAUAGGAUUCCUUUGGAGAAGGUUCCCACCAGUACGGACCCAAGACAUGAGAAUCCUGCCGGGAUAUGUUCCCGCAAGAUUUACGGGAAAGCGAAACCAAGUCAGGACAUCUUGUUUGAUAAGCUAGGGAAAAGCCCGGAGAAAUCUAGAAUAGAAAAAUCCUUGAAAUCGGAGAAAGUCAAGUUCAUGAGUUUUCUCAACAAGAAGAAUUCAUCAAGAGAUAAAGAGGAAUUCAAUCAAUUUCUAGACAGUAAAAACAGAAAGAAACCCGAACUUCCGACCAUGCCAAAACCUUCCAAAGUACCUGAACCAAAACUCCUGAUCGAGGAGAAAUCACAAGAGAUUUCCAAACCCACUAUAGUCCUGGAAGAAUCUCCGGAGUGUGUAUCCGACAGUAGUUCUGAGCUGGUAGAGAUUGCUGAUCCUCCUGAACCUGUAAGUGAGGAUGAUGUGAUGGAAGUAGAAGAUACAUCCUCCUCCCUUGUAACAAUUCCUUCAAGGAAGAUCAGGGCCCGGGUACUUUCAGACACUUCUAGUAACGAUUCCAUCAAUGAUAUCUGCCCGCCCGGGAGGAAAACUGGUGUCCCUAAACUGUUUAUGGACCUGGGGAGGAAAACUAGAGUUCCUGAGCUAGUUUUGGACCCGAAGAGGAAACCUGGAGUCCCAAAAAUAGUAGUGGACCUGGACCAGGGUCCCUCUUGUCCGGAUCGAUUGAUGGCACUCCGACAGUUUAAGAAGAAUCUGAACAACGAUCUGGUAAACCCUAACUCCAAGGAAACCAAAAAAUCCAGAAGGAAAGAAGGAGCAAAUGAAAAGUUGAAUCGAUUGGAUCCUCAUGCGUACGACUCUUCUAAAUAUCGUCUUUUCUCCCUGAAAUCAACUGAAACUGAGGCGCAGAGUUCUAUGGAGACAAGUGGAGAAAACUUUAAACCUAGACCAGUUUCAAAAGAAGUAGUUAGAUACAAUUCAUCCAACACCUCACCUCAAUAUAAAGAAAAAAGAUAUGUUAUGAAAAAUCCUAUGAAGACCUAUGAACCUAAAUGUUAUAGAUACCCUGAUAGUGACAGUUCUUGGGACCAAAUUUUCAAGGAAUCGAAGACCUCAAUCAACAUUUUCUCCGACAGUUCAGAUCUAGAGAAUUAGACUCUGGUGGCCUUCAAUAGUUUAAAUCUAGAUAAUUAUACUCUAAUUCAGAUCUAGAAAAUAUGAUUUUAUUUUGUCCUUUAAAGUUCUAGUGCUUUAUAUAUAUAUAUUCAUUUUGAAAACCGAUUUAUUUGAAAACCGACUUAUUUGAAAACCGACUUACUUGAAAAAUAAGAGAACACAUUUUUAUUUAAUAAAUAAUCGUCACAGCUUA